CAUCUCUCACACAUUACGACUGCAUUCUAAGUAUACAAUGGCCAGCGCGACAUCAUGGUACUUAUUACCGCCCGACCUGUUGGAGCUACAAAUUGGUCAGAUCGACCUGUUAAUGGCGAUGUACCCGGAGGAUAUCACACUUGACGACCAUGCGGAGAAGGUGCUCGAUAUUCUGCGCAAUGCGGUUGACAACGGUGGAAGUUGCGGUUUGAAUAUUGCACCUGUGGUUUCUAUGGUCCUGCAGUUGUCCAUAGCAGAAGACGAUGCGCAGACAAUACGAUUGGACCUCACCGCUCCGUUCACAUACGAAGGCUUUCAAACUCCUGACGAACCACCAAACUUCAAGGUUCGAAUUCAGCAGCCAUCAUGGCUUAACAGAGCAGCCACAAAUCAGCUCCAAGACGUAGUGCCUGAGGGAGAAGAUCUGCUCAGCACCAUCGAACACAUCAAAGAGACGGCUGCACGAGCGCUUGAGGUUUCUCUUCAAUCACAAGUGACCUCAGCUACAUCCGCGUCUGAUUCCGGGACCUCCGUGCGAGUCUGGUUCUACUUUCCGUCGAUCAGCACACGCUCCAAGCGCGACGACUUCAUCAAGUUUGCUCCCGCAUACAACCUCACUGGCUUUCUGUACGCCGGUAAGCCAGGCCUACUUUGCGUUGAAGGCGGCUCGCAGAGCAUUGACGAAUACAUGCGCUUCAUCAAAACAGAAAGUUGGGGGAACAUUCCGUCGCAUCACAAGAAGGUCAGCGAGCGGUAUCGUGAGACCGCAGAAAGGGUGUUCAGUGACAUGACUGAGAUCACGGAUACUGUGGGCGAGAGAAGAGGACAGAGACAGAAUAGGGGCGACAUGAAAGCUGUUGAGGAGUGGCUCGAUGAGAGAGGGUUGAAGGAGGCGUUGACAAAGGUGUUGAUGUGA